AUGAGUUUCUACCUCUCUGCUCAAUUUCAAGUUCGCAACUGUGACUCUUUUUGCGCUUUGACUACGCUCCACUUGCAAAUACUACACACUUGCAUUCCAGUCUCAAAUUUGAGCAACCCGGAGGAAGGCCAAAAUUUGACAAACUUUGUCUCCGCCAAGACAAUAUACAGUGGAAUUAACCCAAAAGUCAUUUCACGUAUGAAACUUUGUUCGAGUAAGAAGCGUCAGAAUAAGAGAGACAAGUACAUGGAAGACGUUAACGGAUUGCUGACUGUGUACAAGGAAGUUGUUAAGAAUAGGAGGAAACUGCCUAAACGCAGCAACGAAGAAAGUAAAGGUAAGAUGGAAUCUCAAAACAUUUAUCCUUCAUAG